AGUCCCGAUUAGAUACGCCUAAGAGCCGGUUUCUGUGCUGUUGUCUACUCGGACUAAGAGAGAAAUGACAUCAUAGGUGACGUCAGGACACGCGCGUCCCGGCUCCAGCCGCGCGGCGGGUCGGUUGGGAUUUGAAAAGACGAGGAGGAGUGAAGGCUAGUGAGGGAGGGUGAAAUGGAUGACACGAACAGGAAAACCGAGACCCCCAGCGUAUCGUCAAACAUAGCAAGGAAGAGUACGCAAAGACACUCGGUUCGGGUGAAGCCCCAAACCACCGAGCGGUCCAAGUUCUACGAGGAUCUGGUGGAGGAGAUGCGCAGGAAGAUGUGUUGCCACAGAGCACGGGAAUCUCUGUUUAGUUCCUCCAGUGGAUUUGUUAACUACCGUGGAAUUUUGAAUUGGGCUGUGGUUGUGCUGAUUUUGACACAUACACAUAUGGUGUAUGAAAAUUUGAUCACGUAUGGAAUCCUUGUGGAUCCAGUUCAGAUUAUUGCAUUUGCUUUGAGUGACCCCAGCACUUGGCCAGGUUCAUAUCUGAUUAUUGUGUCGAAUAUAUUUAUCCUCAUUGCUCUUCAUAUUGAAAGAUCUUUGUCAGCUGUAAGUGCAUCACCACUACUAAAUUUCAACUUUAUAGAGAUAUUUUUUGGGAAUGUUGGAUCAGGAAUGGUAUUAACCGUGCACAGCACUAUCUUCAUGAAGUUGUACUCUUAUCACGAGGUGAAUAGGUGGCUUCGUGAAGAAUGGGGACCUCUAGGUCUAAGAACAGCCAUGAAACAACCAGGCAUUAUGUCAUGUGUAUUUGGAAAUGGUGAAACCAGUGGUAAUCGGAACAAUGUAGAUGAAAUAGUUAAUUAUCCAGACAACCUGACAGUAAGAGAUCUCUACUAUUUUUUAUUUGCACCAACACUCUGUUACCAGAUGAAUUUCCCAAGAUCUGCAAAAGUACGAAUACGAUUCCUUCUGAGGCGUCUAUUUGAAAUGUUCUUUUUGAUUCAUCUUUUUGUUGGACUGAUUCAGCAGUCGGUUUUACCAGUGACUCAAAAUUCAAUGCUGCCCUUUGUUGAGAUGAAGCUAACUAAAAUAAUUCACCAACUGCUGCUGAUUGCGAUCCCAAAUCAUUUCAUGUGGAUCAUAUUUUUCUACGGGUUCUUUCAUUCAACUUUGAACUUUAUUGCUGAGCUGAUGAGGUUUGGAGAUCGGGCAUUUUAUCGAGACUGGUGGAACUCAGAGACUCUCACUUACUUCUGGUCAAAUUCAAAUACAAUUUUUCACAAGUGGUGCAUGAGACAUAUUUAUAGACCACUGGUUGAAAAGGGUUAUUCAAAAUGGGAAGGCCAAGCCUCAGUAUUCUUAUUAUCAGCAUUAUAUCAUGAGUAUCUGAUCGCAGCACCACUUAACAUGUUCCGUUUCUGGCUGUUUCUGGUGAUGAUAUUGCAGGUUCCAAUUGCAUGGAUUUUCAGUAAAUAUUUAAGAGGACUCUAUGGAAAUACAAUUGUAUGGAUUUGCAUUAUUUUAGGUCCUCCUUUGAUAGUGCAUAUGUACAUUCAUGAUUACUAUGUGUUGCAAGGACGUAAAGCAAAUGAAUAA